UCGCGGCGGCGCAGCGCUCAGUUCAGAGUGGUAGUCGCCUUUCACGGGUACGGUCGAGUCGGUCGCUCAAGCGAGGCCGGAGUAAACGUAAACGAUCGCGAUCUCGUCCCGGGUUCUGAGUUUCUCGGAAAUUCCGCCGCCGCCCGGCUGGUGUGCGUCGUCGUCGUCGUCGUCGUUCGGAUUUCCUGGCAUGGAGUGAUCUGCUCGUCGUGACUUCCCACGCAGAACGACCGGCCCAGGACUCUUCGAGGAUGAAGGGCAGACACGCGGAACGAACUGUCGCCAUUCGCGAGGAAUGCGAAAAUCGAGGAUGCCUGAGACAGCCGAUAGGGUUGCCCAGGAAGCGAGCGGCUCUGCUGGCGAUUUGUCUUCUGGCCACUUGUACCGCGGGUAACAACGUGAACGAGCCACCUAUCCUGGAGGCCGGUGGAUACCCCACGGGUUUGCCGCUCUCGGAAUCGACCAAGGUCGGGACGGAGGUGUUCGUCCUCAAGGGCCACGAUCCCGAAGGAUCGCCGGUGAAAUACGGCAUACAACUCACGGAUCAUUUCGUUGUCAACCCGCGCACCGGUGUCAUCACUCUGGCGAAGCCUCUCAAUCGCGAGGAGAACGACACAAUACGUUUUCGGGUUACUCUGGAGGACGAGGUGCCCGCCGGGCAGCAGCCAAACAUCGUCGGCGUGGACGCGUACGUGAUCGUGCUGGAUGAGAAUGACAAUCCGCCGCACUUCCUGGGUGUACCGUACGAGGCGGUUGCCGAAGAGGACACCCCGGUUGGCUCCACCAUCCUGCCGGGUAUCAGGGUCGUGGAUCCUGACCUGCUAGGCGAUAUUAUAGAUCUAACGUGCGUUCCGCAGCCACAGUUCCUGGACGCGUGCGAGAAGUUUGGCAUCGUCAACGUCGAGAGAAGCCAGAAUACGUACGUGGGCGCCCUGGUCCUGCGACAACCCCUCGACUAUCGGGAGAGACCUUUCUACCAGCUGCUGCUGCGGGCAAGCGACGGCCUGAACAAUGGAACCACCGGCGUGGAGAUCAAGGUAGCGGAUAUUCAGAACAGCCCGCCGGAAUUUCUGGAUUCGCUAACAGGUGUGGUACGCGAGGACGAUCCCAUCGGGACUCUCGUGAUGACCGUAAAGGCACGAGACGGCGACAGGGGUAUGCCGCGGAAGAUGAUCUACGAAUUGGUCACCAACCCGUUCGAUUAUUUUCUGCUGGACGACGACACAGGCGAGUUAAGGACGGCCAAGCCGCUGGAUCGGGAGGCGCUGGAAAACUCUACGGGCGUGUUGACGUUGAUCGUGAAGGCUCGCGAGCUGAUCGACGGCAUGCCCGGGAAUGACAAGCUGACGGUAUCGACGGCCGAGGCGACCGUGACGAUCAAGGACGUGAAUGACGAGCCGCCUACGUUUAAUCGGCGCGAGUACAACAUCGAGAUCCCAGAAAAUGUGCCGGACGGCACGCCACUGCCGCAUCUGGACAUGACGGUGAAAGAUCCGGAUGUUGGCUUAAACUCCGUGUUCUCUCUACGUCUGGAAGAUAUAACAGGUGCGUUUACCGUGGAGCCGGUGCUAGCGACUGGUAGCACGUCUGUGAACAUUCGCGUUACGAACGGCUCCCUCGACUAUGAAAAUCCUAAUCAACGAAAAUUCAUUAUUUUGGUUGUCGCCGAGGAAGUUCAUACGAACCCGAAGCUCUCAUCCACGGCGACGGUAACAAUUUCCAUCACGGAUGCAAACGAUAACGCGCCUUCCUUUAGCAAUCCGACGUAUACGGCUUCGGUGUCCGAGACGGCGGCUCCAGGAAGCCCAAUUAUAACGAUCACGGCGAAGGAUCGUGACAGCGGGCGCUUUGGUACUGCUGGCAUAGUCUAUCAAUUACUCGGCCAGGGUGCGGAACACUUUGCGAUCGACAAGAAGACCGGCAGCAUCACCGUCGCACCCUGCCCGACGCCCGGUACCUCGCCAUGUCUAGAUUACGAACAACAGACGGAAUAUUUCCUCACUUAUAAGGCAACGGACGACAAUGGGGAAGGUCAAACGACGAGCGUUUCAUUGCGCAUCAGCUUGAUAGACGCGAACGACAGUCCGCCGCGUUUCUUGCAGGACAAAUAUCGCGCGGUGGUGGACGAGGGUGCCGAGAAAUUCGAGCCCGAAUUGAAGGUACAAGCGCGAGACAAGGACAAGACGUCGAAAAUCACGUAUGCCCUGGUGGGCGGUAAUGAGCUGGGGCUGUUUGCCGUCGAUCCGGACACUGGCGAGAUCACUGUCAGGAGUCCGGUCGAUAUGACCAACGCCACCCACGACUGGAUUGCCCUGACGAUACAGGCGAGCGACGGUAUAUUCGUCGAUUCCGCCCUCGUCAACAUCACCGUGCGCGACGUUAACAACAACGCGCCCGUGUUUCCGCAUGAUAUAUAUACGGCCAGUAUCGCGGAGAUUUCGCCGAUUGGAACUGUCGUAGAGGAGGUAACCGCGACGGACGCCGACAGUGGAGUUAAUGCAGAAUUAGUCUACAGAAUACAGAAAGGAGCUUUCGAUGACUUUGCUGUCAACGAGAGCACAGGCGUCGUCACAGUAUCUCGAAAGUUGGAUUAUGACGAGAAGAAUACGUAUCACGUGGAAGUCAUAGCGUUCGAUAAAGGAACACCGAGUCUGACCGGAACGACGACGCUGAUGAUCGAAGUUGAGAACAGCAACGACAAGGCCCCGUAUUUCACGCCAGAAACGCAACGAGCUGAAGUUACAGAGGACACGCCAAUUGGCACCGUUUUCACAACAUUGAAAGCCACCGAUCCGGACAGCACGAAUCUCGAAGCUUUGAACUUUGCCAUUUCCGAGCCAAUCACCGCUAUUGACAGAAACGGCCAGCGCGUCAACGACAGCAAGUCUUUCAGGGACUUCUUUGCAGUCGAUCGCGCUACGGGCCAAGUUUCCGUCGUUCGCAGCCUGGAUCGUGACAUAGCAGCUACAGUAAGCGUUACGAUUGUUGUAAGCGACACCACGGCGCCCACAUUACAGCAAGGACGAGGCAAACUAGUAGUGACUAUCAUCGAUGUGAACCACAUGGCGCCAGAAUUCUUGAAACCGUGGACCCGAGAAAAUCCCCGUUACUUGAUAGAGAUGCAAGAGGAGCAACCCACCGGCGCUGUCGUGGGAGCUUUCACAGCAACGGACGCUGAUAGUAACAUAGCGGGAUACGCCAUCGAUCCACCGAGCCCUUACUUCAAUAUUGAUAAUAUUACCGGAAUCGUAAGAACUAGUCAAGUGAUCGAUUACGAGGAAACGAAGCAAUUGGAAUUCACGGUAGUCGCUUACGAUUCCGGAGUGCCCCAACUUUCCGCGACCGCAAAAGUCACCGUUACCGUGAUCAAUGUGAACGAUCAAGAUCCGAAAUUCGAGAAGGAACAGUAUAACGCAACAGUGAAAGAGAAUUCUCCACCCGGCACUCGUGUCAUCGUCGUGAAAGCUACGGAUGGAGACGAAGGACUUUUUGGCGAUGUCAGCUAUAGCCUAAUUGGCGAACACGCAGCUGACUUUAACAUUGGACACGAAACCGGAGAGAUUACUGUGGGUGGUGCCACAGUUCUCGACAGAGAGAUGACGCCAGAAAUCACUAUAACAGUGAUGGCCAGCGACAGUGCUCAUGUUAAUUCUCGACGAAGCACUACUGUACCAGUAAUUGUCAAAUUAAUUGACGAAAAUGAUAACAGACCGAUAUUCUCGCAACAUAGUUACAGAGCGUCCGUCGCGGAGAAUUUAUCUGUUAAUCCGCCAGCACCUAUUCUGCAGGUACGAGCUGUAGAUCAAGACGAAGGAACGAAUGGUGAAGUCUGGUAUACAAUCAUCAAUGGGAAUGAAAAUGAAUCAUUUUCGCUAAAUCGCGAAACCGGCAUCUUGUAUCCUGCGGCCGCCCUUCUGGGCAGAGCUGGUUCUUACAGGAUCGAGGUCGAAGCACGCGAUGGCGCCGGAAAUGGUCCACAUUCGGACAGGUGUUAUGUUGACAUAAGAGUUACUCCAGUAAAUCAACAUAAACCGCAAUUUGUCAUGCCAGAAUUGACAAACGCGACUGUAGAAGUACCGGAAAAUGCAGGUGGUGUUCCGAAUUAUCUAAUAUUGACUGUAAAAGCAAUUGACAGAGAUCCCGGCGAGAAUGGUCGUGUCAGCUAUCAUUUAAAAGUCGGCAAUAGAAAUGUUCAGGAAACCGAGGAAUUCUCUAUAGACCAAGAGACUGGCGAACUUCGAUCGAAGAUCAUUCUCGAUCGUGAAAUUAAGAGCAAAUUUGAGCUUGUUCUUGUAGCAGCUGAUCACGGCAGUCCUACAGCUUACGAGACAUUGCGGCUAUUAACAGUUCAGCUAGUCGAUACGAACGAUAACGUGCCACAAUUUUACGAAGAGUAUAAUUUUCAUGUGUCAGAAAAUCGACCGAAAGAUUAUUUUAUCGGGAAAGUAACAGCGGAAGACAAAGAUGAAGGCAGACAUGCCAAAGUCUACUAUUAUAUAGAAGCAGGAAACGAAGGCUAUGCCUUUUAUAUGGACAAAUCCGAUGGUAGCAUUUACGCGAAUAAAUCGUUUGAUCGCGAGACGAGGGACAAGUAUGUCCUCUCUAUUCUCGCAUCUAAUGACCCCGAUCUCUACAUCAAUCCCGCACAAGUUGGCAAGCCGUUGACUCACAAUCCGGAGCACGGACACGUGAACGUGACGAUAGUUGUGCUAGAUGAAAAUGAUAAUCCGCCCAUCUUUGAACGCAUCGAUUAUUACGCUGGAGUAAAUUCCAUGGCGAAUAUAAACGACUUCGUGACUAAGGUAACUGCGUCCGACUUGGACGUAGGUGACAAUGGCACUCUUCAUUACUAUGUUGCUAGCGCGAAUCUUUAUAAAUACGGUUCGGAAAAACCGAGCGGUUCUAUAGUGCCGAGCCCGUUCAACGUCACUCAGGAUGGCAAACUCGUCACGAGCGGAUAUAUGGCGGAAUACAAUCAAGAUAGGUUUAUUGUCGAAGUCAUCGCUAAAGAAACGGCAAUUCCAGAAAGAUUCGCGAUGACCAGAGUUCACGUAUGGGUGUUCGAACCGUCUCAGUUAAUACGAGUUAUACUGUCUCGACCUCCGGAGGAGGUCAAUAGUGAACGCGACGAGAUUGUUUCGGAAUUAUCCAAUGCCACACAAAGUAGAGUCGUAGUAGACGACAUUAGAUAUCACGUUGACGCUUCCGGACAUAUUCGCAGAGAAUGGUGUGACAUGUAUUUGCACGUUGUCGAACCAAAAACUCAAACCAUCGCACCAAUCCCUCACGUACUCAAGGUUAUCGAUGCGAAAUACGAUUUCUUGAAGCAUUAUUAUACCGGAUUUGCUAUUGAAAAUGUUGUGCCGGCAUACGCUGGAGUUCAAGAAGAACCUUUCGAUCCUGCACUCGCUGCUCUAAUAGCUCUCUUAGUUGUUUUGCUCGUAGGAGCAGUCACUGUUACAGUAGUUUGUUGCUGCUUACGCCAUUGGGUAAUAACUGUGCCAAAUGAUAUACGUAAGAAAGACGGCCUAAUUAAAAAACAGAUCAUCGACGAACUAAACACGACGGAGAAUCCUUUGUGGAUCGAGCAAAAACUGAAACUCUACGAAGAGCAAGAGUUAACGAUGCAAGUGUUUAGUGAACCCGAAGGCGGUCUCGGUGGCGAGAGACGCGGCAGUGGUGUAAGCGUCGGUAUGGGGGACACGUCUCAAGAUAACACUUAUGCCACUAUACAACAUCCGUUGCCUACAAAUAGGCAUCGUCCGACCACGCCGGAUUAUACCACGCUUCCAGGAAAUCAUAAUUUAUACGAAUCGGCAAUGGGUUUUCAAGGAUCAACCUUCCAGCCCUCUCCGAACGUGAUGCCGCAAUUGACGCUCGAUCGCGAUGGCCAGCCCCAAUUCGUUUCGGGACUAGUAUAAACUGACUCUUGACUACGCGGGCAUUUUCAG